GGCUGCGCGCUGAGGAGCCGCCUGGUUCCCCUCACGCUACCUCUGGCGGCGUCCCCCGCCCGCGGCCCCUCUGCCGCCCGCCCGGGGCUUGCCGGCUGCGGGAGUGGCCUCAAGAUGGAUGAAGACGGCGGCGGCGAGGGCGGUGGCGUUCCUGAAGACCUCUCAUUAGAAGAGAGAGAAGAACUUCUAGACAUUCGUCGAAGAAAAAAGGAACUUAUUGAUGACAUUGAGAGGCUGAAAUAUGAAAUUGCAGAAGUGAUGACAGAGAUCGACAAUCUGACUUCCGUUGAGGAGAGCAAAACGACUCAGAGGAACAAACAGAUAGCCAUGGGAAGAAAGAAAUUCAACAUGGAUCCCAAAAAGGGAAUUCAGUUUCUAAUAGAAAAUGACCUGCUACAGAGUUCCCCAGAAGACGUCGCCCAGUUCCUUUAUAAAGGAGAAGGCCUAAAUAAGACUGUCAUUGGGGACUACCUGGGUGAAAGGGAUGAAUUUAAUAUUAAAGUUCUUCAAGCUUUUGUUGAACUCCAUGAGUUUGCUGAUCUCAACCUUGUCCAAGCCUUAAGGCAGUUCUUAUGGAGCUUCAGGCUGCCCGGGGAGGCCCAGAAGAUUGAUCGUAUGAUGGAGGCUUUCGCUUCUCGCUACUGCCUUUGCAACCCCGGGGUUUUCCAGUCCACAGACACGUGCUACGUGCUGUCAUUCGCCAUCAUCAUGCUCAACACCAGCCUGCACAACCACAACGUGCGUGACAAGCCCACGGCAGAACGGUUCAUCGCCAUGAACCGUGGCAUCAACGAGGGUGGGGACCUCCCUGAGGAGCUGCUAAGGAAUUUGUAUGAGAGCAUUAAGAACGAGCCAUUUAAGAUUCCAGAGGAUGACGGGAAUGACCUGACACACACCUUCUUCAACCCUGACCGCGAGGGCUGGCUCCUGAAGCUGGGAGGGCGCGUGAAGACCUGGAAGCGCCGGUGGUUCAUCCUGACCGAUAACUGCCUCUAUUACUUUGAAUACACAACAGAUAAGGAGCCCAGGGGAAUCAUCCCGUUAGAAAACCUCAGCAUCAGGGAGGUGGAGGACCCCCGGAAACCCAAUUGUUUUGAGCUCUACAAUCCCAGCCACAAAGGGCAGGUCAUCAAGGCCUGUAAGACGGAGGCUGACGGCCGUGUGGUAGAGGGGAACCACGUGGUGUACCGGAUCUCAGCACCCAGCCCAGAGGAGAAGGAGGAGUGGAUGAAAUCCAUCAAAGCCAGUAUCAGCAGGGACCCCUUCUAUGACAUGUUGGCAACAAGGAAACGAAGGAUUGCCAAUAAAAAAUAGCUUUCCUGGUAAAAGACCCAGCCCCAGCAGAAAGACACCGUGGGCCGCCCCUCCGCAGAAGGCGUGGCAGGGAGGCACCCUGCGGUUACUCGCCACUUCUCCAGAGCAUACCGUGGCCCAGACUCAUCUCCGAGGCCUCAUGCUGUGGCUGGGGUCCUGGGAGGUGGUCGCCCUGCGGUGCUUGCUGCUUCUCCAGAGCGUACUGUGGCCCAGACUGAUCCCCCAGGCCUUGUGCCGUGGCUGGGGUCGUGGUCAGCUGUGCGUGUCCAGAAGCAUUUCCUUCCUGCGACCAUCCCGGUGCCCCAGGGGGAGAAGCCAGGACAGCAGCUCCUGCUCUCUCCACAGCAGACACGGGAUGGAUUCCACAGACGGGAGCCUCAUCUGUAUCAUGCCAAACAUGUCCACUUGUGGCGGUGUCAGCUGUUCUAGAACGCCACUGUUUUAUAGCAAAACAGGAAAGGAAAAGCUACCAGUUUUUUAUUCAGAAUUUUUUCUCAGAUAUAUAGGAUUAUAGCUUUUAUAUGCCUUUUUAUAUGCUGAAAUUAUAACAAAAGAUACUUUGUAACAGUAGUAUUUUUAGAAUGGCAGCUAUAAAGUUAACUCCUGGACACAAAUAUAUACUGUGCACUGAAAAAGUACCCAUCUAGAUGCAGCACCCAAGGAGAGGGCUGCCCUGGGGGCAGCAGGCGGGCUGGGGAGGGAUGGCCAUGGCGCUUGGGGGCUCCAGUGUGACUCCCCUGCAGCCUCCAUUCAAUCCAGGCUUUUUGGCCCCACAAAUACUUUAAAAAAGCAAAUCAUUAUAAUGGUUAAUGGUUUGGGGAUGUUUAGCCCGUAACUGCUAAAUCCUAGGAAACAGCUUUUUCCUUGGACACAGCUGGUCCAUACGUUGAACCACGUGAAACUGCUAAUGUUUUGCUUAGACGCACACAAACGGCAGCUUUUCAUAUAGGUCAACGCAGUCCAUGGGUUAGAUCGGCUUUUGACCAUAUCGCACUUUAAAACCUGUGGCAAAAUCAACGCUUAUUUUACAGACCUUAUCAUUUGAACAGGCUUCUUAAUGAAUAGACACAGAAGGAAGGAAUCAGUCUCACUCCAUGUAGUGCACCGUAUCCUGAGAGAGGUGCUUUCCCUACAGGGAGGGAAGAACAGGCCAUGGGUGCAGAGGCCCGGCACUUAGGGUUCUGGGAAGCUGAGAACCCCAGGUAGAUGAUGGUGCUGGAACUGGCGAAGCUCCAUGCCUGCCUAGGAGGCCAUCAGGUUGCUGUGGAUGUAAGGAUGCAGGUACCUGGUGCUCUGCUCCAGGAAAGGUGGAUCUGGGCCUCACUUACAGAGAGGGGGCAGGGCUGGAAGGGGGCAUGGUGUGCUUGGGUUGACUUGGGUCGGUGGCAGACGCUGCUCUGUCUAGAGGACCCUGUUGUACACUGGGCCGCUGGGUUGGUAGCUGGCUUUUCCUCUUCCCACCCUACCUGCACAGGUGCACACACUUUGAAUCUGCACGCUCUGGAGGGCAUCUGCACUCCUGUGUGAAAUGCACAGUCCAGGAGACAAAAACCUCAGGCAGUGUGCGCCCAGGUUUCCUUCUCAGCAUCGGAGACUUCAAGUUGCCUUGAGGGAGGAGGAGGUCAUCCCUGUGGAUGACCUUGAUGUAGCUUUAAGUCACACUAGACUGCAGAGGGGUUAGAGGCCAGAAGCCCCGUCCUGCAUGAGACUGUUUCAUUCCCAAGUUCUUAGGCUUUCUUACUGCACUGAUACCUCACAUUAGAAACUUUAGUUUCAAGAAAGACAAGUCAGCGUUCUUGAAAUGCCUGGCUGGUAGAUCUGCAGCUCUGGCCUCCAGUCUUCCAUGAAAACAAAUGCUGCCUGGAUCCCCACCCAGACCACACACUGAUGGCUGGCUCUGGAGGUGCCCACCCCUCAGGUUGGCCCCGCACUGAGGACUGGCAGCAGCCAGCUCUGUCAGCAUGUCAUGCUCGCAUAAGCCGUGUCCUCCUCCUGACUGACCCAGGUAUGAUCUGGGGAUGCAGAGCUUUGUGUGGUUUGGGUGUUGGGAGAAGCAGCAGGAAGGAGUCGCCGGAUGAUUAAGCUCCCCUGUUGGGGUCACCUGUGAGUGAGCUUCACUGGGUGGUGGGCAUCCGGGAGCUGCGCAGAGGCUGUGGUGCUGAGUUAGACUCAGGUACUUGGCCAUCAGAGUGUUAGAAAUCUCCCGGCUCCAGGCUGUGUUACAACAGUAUUAGCAUGAAGGCUAUGCAGCCAUCAUGCCUGCUGAGCCCUGAGGCAGGCCUGAUCCAGAAAACUCUGGGUCAGUGACUGCACAGGGCCAGCUGCCACCAGGACGGCCCUGAAGCAGGACAUCUCUUUGUCCCUCACCCUGGGCAGGUGUGACCCAUCACGAUCAUGAUCCUCCCCACCCCGAUGUCCGAGCGCUGGGCUUGAAUUGUUAGUCCCAACUCUGGCCAAAGACACACUUUCUUCCAGGGACAGAGGCCAGGAGGCAGUGAGGGAGCCCUGUGGGGAGGCGGCAGCUGCCACAGCCUUUCCAGCCUCUGUCUUGCUGGGCCCUGGUUCACAUUUGAGUUUAAUUGGACUGACCCUGGACCCAGACAAGCAGCAAUGUCUUUGGGGUCACAGAACAUUUUUUGGGCAGUUUAAUGUGGUACCAAACAGUGAAAAUGGGAGCUAUUUAUAGAUGGAGCAGCACUUAGUGCUUCAUAGAAAGCAAUGCCUAUUUUAAAGUUACAAAUGCAGAUAUCUACAUAGAUGUGCUUUGCUGAGAAGUUAGGUCUGUGGUAAACCAGAGACCACAAGUUGUGACUUUCUUCUUAGAAAAUAUUCUAUUUGCGAUAAACAUAGUAAUAUGUAAAUAAUGUACAUCUAUUGAUUUCUGGAGUGUUAUUCAAUGUAUAUACUCCCACAGCUCGCAUGAAGAAAUAGCCUCUAUCUAUCGAUAUUUGGUUGUAAAGUGAACAGUAAGAUUAAGAUUGGAGGGUGGAUGGCUGUCAGAGCUCUCGCAAAUACUGUGUUCACUAAAUAAAAAUCACAUGUUAAAACAA